AAGGGGCAAGGUGGAGUUAUAGAGGAAAAGUGUUCCAGAGUUUUGGGGAAUAGUGCAGAGUAGGUUGAAAUUGCUGCCACCAAUGGUGGAAUGGAGGGCCCGAGGACAUGCAGGAGGCCAGAGCCAGUAGAGAAACAGCGGGUUGUGAGUUGGGGAUUAAGCAGGUCUGAGAGUUAGGGAGGUGCUCGGGCAUGAAGGGAUUUGGAAACGAGUGUGAGGAUCUUGGAAUCGACCUGUUCGGUGAUAGGGAGCCAGUGGAGCCCGGCUGGAACUGGUGUGAUCGAGUUACGGGGUUUAGUGUGGAUUUCAUUACCUGCUUGGACAAGGGGAGCCACUUCUCAGAGCCUGAGGUCAGCAAGUACUGCCCUGCUGGAUGCCUGACACCAUUUGGUGAAAUUUCUGGAACCAUCCCUCAUGGCUAUCGAGAUUCCUCCCUCCUCUGCAAGGCCGCCGUUCACGCUGGCGUCGUCUCGAACUAUCUGGGCGGCCGAAUCAACGUGGUCAUCAGCAAAGGCAUUCCGUUAUACGUAAGCACCCUGGCAAACAAUGUCUCCUCAAAACUUGGACCCUUGUCAGCUAGUCUGUUUACAUUCAAGACCAGCGGUUGCUAUGGGACUCUGGGCAUGGAGUCUGGCAUCAUUGGGGACGGGCAGAUCACCGCCUCCUCCGCUCUGCAGUGGCACGAUUCGUCAGGCCAGUUCCACGUCUGGGGCCCAGAAAAGGCUCGUCUGAAACAGCAAGGCUCGCCUUGGGCUGCGUGUCUCACUGACGAACACCAGUGGCUGCAAAUCGACCUGAAGAAAGAGAAGCGAAUAACUGGUAUAAUAACUACAGGUUCCACGCUGGGUGAAUACUCCUUUUACAUCUCGGCAUAUCGGAUCCUCUACAGGGAUGAUAAGCAGAAAUGGAAGAUGUACAGAGAAGCCAACGGUGAUCAGGGCAAGAUAUUCCAAGGAAACGCUAAUAAUUACCAGGAGGUACGGAACAAUUUCAUCCCACCUAUUCUGGCCCGGUACAUCCGCAUCAUUCCAGUGCAGUGGCAUCAGAAGGCAGCACUGAAGGUGGAGCUCCUGGGCUGUCAGCCUGCCCAACUCUCCUUGGUUCGGGCUCCGUCACAGUCUGUGCCUCCUCCACUCAGCACGGAAAUCCCUCUGACGCUGAUUGAAACCACGUUCACGCCGGAUGUCAAGAACACCUCAGUGAAGUCAAAUGUAACUAAAGAUGUGGCGUUGGCAGCUGUCCUGGUGCCUGUGUUAGUCACGGUGCUCACCACACUUAUCCUGGUCCUCGUGUGUGCCUGGCACUGGAGAAACAGAAAGAAGACUGUGGCUGGGACUUACAAUCUGCCCUACUGGGACCGAGCAGGCUGGUGGAAGGGAAUGAAGCAGUUUUUACCGGCCAAAACGGCGGAGCCCGAGGAAAGCGACGUGCGCUACACCAGCAGCGAGAUGAGCCGCCUGCGAGCCAGAGACGUCGGCAAGCUGAUCCAGACAGAACCCGCAGAGUACGCUCAGCCUUUAGUAGCCAGAGUGGUGGGCACGCUGAGACAGAGAUCCACUUUCAAGCCGGAGGAAGACCCCGAAGCCGGCUACACCGACCCGGAUGGGGACUGCCGCUACGAUGCCCCCGGCACAGAAAUCUACCACGCGUACGCCGAGCCCUUGCCGGUCUCCAGCCCCGAGUACGCCACUCCCAUUGUCAUGGAAAUCGCGGGUUACCCUUCGGGAGGCUUGGGGCCCGUUGUGGCCUCCAGUUUUAAGUCCGCAGGGGUCUCUGUGGUGAGCCCGAGCCCAGCGUCGCCCACCAUCGAGCCAGCCCCUCCUGGCCAGGCACAGUAUGACACACCCAAAGGAACAGUAGCUUCGGUGACUGAGGAGCAACUAACGUACCAGGUACCACAAAGCCUCCCCCAGGCCACGACGGUGGCAGACACUGGCUGAAUGGAGACGAGUUUCCCCACCCACCCCACCAUCCCAAUUCACUCUAGUGUGGUGGGGAGUGGGA